AUGCAUUCUGCCUCCACCCAACCAAGCAUUCUGCCUACACCCUACCGAGCACACCGCCUACACCCAGCCAUGCAUCCUGCCUCCACCCAACCAUUCAUUCUGCCUACACCCAACCAUGCAUCCUUCCUACACCUAACCAUGCAUCCUUCCUACACCCAACAAUGCAUCCUUCCUACACCUAACCAUGCAUCCUGCCUACACCUAAACAUGCGUUCUGCCUCCAGCCAACCAUGCAUCCUACCUACACCUAACCAUGCACCCUGCCUACACCUAAACAUGCGUUCUGCCUCCAGCCAACCAUGCAUCAUGCCUACACCCAACCGAACACCCUGCGUACACCCAACCGAGCAACCUGCUUCCAGCCAACCGAGCACCUUACCUACUCCUAACCAUGCAUCCUGUCUCCACCCAACAUGCCUCAAACCAACCAACACCCUGCCUACACCCAACCGAGCACCCAACCUCCACUCAACCAUGCAUCCUGCCUACACUUAA